AUGUCACCCGAUGUGAGGAGAGCAUCCCUCGGCUUGCACCUUGAAGGAUUUGGCUCAUCGGCAGAGGAGAGGGCAGCGGUCCAGCUCCCUCCGACCGUGGAACAUGGCUUCCCCAACCAGCCGAGCUCGCUUGCCUUUGACCCUGUACUGCGGAUCAUGGCGAUCGGUGCCAAAUCUGGAGCCGUUAAAAUAUAUGGGGCCCCCGGAGUGGAGUUUACAGGUUUGCACAAGGACAUGGCCACUGUGACCCAGCUGCACUUCUUACCAGGACAGGGUCGUCUCCUGUCCCUGCUGGAUGAUAACACUCUCCACCUAUGGGAGCUGCAGCAGAAAGAUGGCUGCUCCCAACUCGAGGAAACCAGGAGCUUCAUCCUACCAGGCCGGCAAGGGUUCGACUGCGCUAACUCUCCUCCGAGCGUCACCCGAGUCACGGUGAUUUUGGGGACGGCUUCCUGUGACGUGGUUGGCCUGGGAACAGAAGGAGGAGGGGUUUAUUUUGUGCAGAUCCCAAGUUUGAAACUGUUGGAGGACCAGACUUUGCUGCAAGAGGAGAUUGUACAGAGCUGGGUGGGGGGGGUGGGACCAGACCAUACAGAGGAGCCGGGGAAGAUCCUGGUUGGCUACAGCAGGGGGCUGGUAGUUCUGUGGGAUCGGGAUUCCAGGAAGGUGGAGCAUCUCUUCUUGGGGAACCAGCAAUUGGAGAGUUUGUAUUGGGAGAGCAGCGGGACGUUGUUUGUCAGCUCUCACAGCGACGGAGGGUACAUGGUGUGGGCUGUCGGCAAUAAUUCCUCCUCCACGUCCCAGCCGAUCACCUCCACUAUUCCGUAUGGUCCGUUCCCGUGCAAAGCGGUCAACAAAGUUCAGUAUCUAUCCAGCGGCUCUGGGAACCACUUCAUCAUCUUCAGCGGGGGAAUGCCUCGAGCCAGCUACGGGGACCGGCACUGUGUCACCAUCAUGCAAGGGAAGAGCCUGGUCACCCUAGACUUCACCUCUCGGGUCAUAGACUUUUUCACCGUAUGUCCCCUCAAGAGUGCUGAUGAUCUGGACAACCCCACAGCUCUGGUCGUCCUGGUGGAGGAAGAAUUGGUAGUAAUUGACCUCGAGAGCCCCAGCUGGCCGACCAUCCACUCGCCCUACCUGGCCCCUCUCCAUUCAUCUGCCAUCACCUGCUCCUACCACAUCUCCAACGUCACUCUGAAGCUGUGGGAACGGAUCAUUCUGGCCGGCGAGCAGCAGAACCCACAGAUGUCUUCUGCGAACUGGCCGAUAGAUGGUGGUAAAAGUUUUGCAGAGGAGCCGUUACAAAGAGGCCUUUUGCUGACCGGCCACGAAGAUGGUACCGUCCGGUUCUGGGAUGCCUCUGGGGUCGCCUUGCGGCCUCUUUACCGACUGUCGACCGCUGGUAUCUUUCAAACUGACUGUGACCACAAUGAAAGCAUGCAUCAAAGCUGUGAAGAUGAUUGGCCGCCUUUCCGCAAGGUUGGUUGUUUCGACCCUUAUAGCGAUGACCCUCGGCUGGGCAUCCAAAAAAUCGCCCUCUGCAAGUACAGUGGCAAGAUGAUAGUGGCAGGAACUGCUGGACAGGUGCUGGUGAUGGAUCUGAGUGACGAGAAAUCUGACCAUAUGAUCAGCGUGGCGACCGUUGACCUCUUACAAGAUCGGGAAGGUUUCACGUGGAAGGGCCACGACAGACUGAUCCCGAGGAACGGCUCCCUGUUCUUCCCGCCAGGUUUCCAGACCACCUUGCUGGUGCAGUGUAUGCCCCCUGCCGCCGUCACAGCCGUCGCCUUACACUCCGAGUGGAAUUUGGUGGCUUGCGGCACCAGUCAUGGCUUCGGGGUCUUUGACUAUCAUAAGAGGAGCCCGGUUCUGGCCAGGUGCACCCUUCACCCCAACGAUUCCCUGGCCAUGGAGGGUCCCCUGUCCCGGGUGAAAUCUCUGAAGAAGUCUCUCCGCCAGUCUUUCAGGCGAAUCAGAAAGAGCCGGGUGUCUGGGAAGAAAAGGCCGAACACAGCGAGCCCCAAUAGCCGGCUACAAGAGGCCAAUGCCCAUCUGGCCGAGCAGGUUGGCCCACAUGACCUGGAGAUGACCCCGGUGCAGAGGAGAAUUGAGCCACGGUCUGCCGACGAUUCGCUGUCUGGUGUUGUGCGCUGCCUGUACUUCGCUGACACGUUUUUACGGGAUGCUGGCCACCACGGGCCCACCAUGUGGGCCGGCACAAACUCUGGCUCUGUCUUCGCCUAUGCCUUGGAAGUCCCUUCGCGGGAGAAGUUCUCGGAACGCUCGACAGAGGCCGUGCUGGGCAAAGAAAUUCAGCUUAUGCAUCGGGCCCCUGUGGUCUCUAUAGCGGUCCUGGACGGACGGGGCAACCCUCUCCCAGAACCCUUUGAGGUGUCACGUGACCUGGCUAAAGCACCCGACAUGCAGGGAACACACUCUGUGCUGAUUGCUUCGGAGGAGCAGUUUAAGGUUUUUGCUUUGCCCAAGGUUGGUGCCAAAACCAAAUUCAAGCUGACCGCCCACGAAGGCUGCCGAGUGAGGAAAGUGGCACUUGUGAACUUCACCAGCACCGCAUCUGAUGAUUACUCAGAAAACUGCCUGGCGUGCCUUACCAACCUGGGGGACAUCCAUGUGUUCAGUGUUCCCGGACUGCGACCGCAGGUGCGCUACGACUGCAUUCGCAAGGAGGACAUCAGCGGCAUUGCAUCAUGUGUGUUCACCAAGUAUGGACAAGGGUUUUAUCUCAUCUCCCCCUCAGAAUUUGAACGGUUCUCCCUCAGUGCCAAGAACAUAACCGAGCCGCUGUGUCUGGUGGAGUUCGAUAGGCCCCAUGAUCCUGCGUAUCUCAGCAAUAAAGACACUUCAGCCAAAACCAACCAAGCCAACGGCACCCACAUCCCCCGAGAGUGUGACGGCACCCAGCUGCUGCCUGACGGAAAUACAUGUGAGCACACAGCGGCCUUUUCACCCAACGCCCUGGACUCUCCUCUCAACAGUACGGACACUACGCUGGACACAACCGGGGACAUCACAGUGGAGGACGUCCGGGACAUGCUGGGAUCAAAUGAAGAAUCCGAGAAAAAUAUGAAGAAUUCGGCAGACGAGCCUCGAUUGCCUGAGAUCCUGAUCAAAUAGGGCUUGGCCUCGGUGGAGCCUCUGUUCACAUUUCUUUUCACAUGACUGUUUCUGAGCGAUGCCAUAAAUAAACUACAAAACUCAUUCCUGCCACCGAAGAAUAUGAGGCGACUGAUGAUCCAUUCACAUCUGGCUCCCCUAGUAUUCAGCACAUUGACGACAACCAACAAAGAAGCCUUCACAUC